CACAUGUGUAAACUCAUCUCGUACAUUCAUUCAAUUCCAUUGAGAAUCGCCCUGUUCUUCCCCACACAAUAGAAAUCCAUUUCGAGCCAAGCAUGCUGUAAUAGCUUGGAACCUUGAACAUCGAUCGCCGCACCUCCGCACCAGCUCCGCACCCUGAGAACACCUGGGCAGAUGUGCGCGCUAUUACCACCCGCCUCUUGAGCGCCUCCGCCAGCACCAUAAGGCUUCUACCACUCUUUAACUAUGCCCGGCUUCCGCCGCUGGGGCAAGUCGAAAUUCGAGCGGAAUCCCGAGUCGUCGUUUAAGCUCCUCGCAGCCAUCAUCGUCAUUACACUGUACCUCCUCAUCAAAGAGUUCCAGAACCCGACUGUUCGAGACAGGGACAUACCGAAGUUCGGCGCACAAAUACAACAUGCGGAUUGGAAUGGAACGGGCAAGGCGGACGAGGCACGGGCAAAGAGCGUGCGGGAUGCCAUGAAAUAUACAUUUUGGAAGUACAGGGAAAGCGCCUGGGGCUGCGAUGACAUCUUGCCUGUGUCAGGAGGCAACUCGUCAUCUAGAAAUGGGUGGGGAGCUUUCAUCGUGGACUCGGCAAGCACACUGGCACUCAUGGGGUUAUGGGACGAGCUGGCGCAUUCUCUCGAGCAUAUACUCGCGAUCGACUUCACCGAAGCGAAGGACCUCGUCGACCCUUUCGAGACCACGAUACGAUAUUUGGGUGGGCUUGUGUCUAUUGUGGAUAUGUACGACGCCGGGCUCAUCCCGGAAGACGUACUGAGCGAAGAGGCACGCGAUCUUGUACUUGAACAUGCCGUCACCCUAGCGGGGAAGCUCGCUCCAGCAUACGAUACCCCUACAGGCAUGCCAUGGCCUCGUGUCGACUUUGACACAGAGCAGGGCGAGCCGGAUCCCUCCUUCGUCUUCAGCGACGACCCAACAAAACACGGCUACGACCAACACCCCGCCAUUGGCCCUGCGCGAACCGGCUCUUCGAUCCUCGAGAACCGCGUCUUGACCAGAUUGACUGGCGACUUGGUAUACACGCAGAACUCGACGAAUGCGUGGGCACCACUUGUGUGGUCGAAGUGGAAGACACCGUGGGCGGGCAUGGUUGACGCGCCUGUCGACAUCAUGACAGGAGAGCCAGUGGGCCGCCAGAGGCACUGGGAUGGUGGACACGAUUCAUACUACGAGUACCUAGUCAAGAUGACGCUCUUAGCACCGCCGACAGACCCUCACAUGGGCACAUACAAACAUCGCUUCACAGAUGCGGCGUACUCAUUACGCGAACACCUCAGUUCCCGCUCCGCACCAGCGCCCGAUCACUACAUGCAGCACCUCUACAUCGGGCGAUACAACAAAGAUUAUGAAAAUCAACAAGGACAUCUCGCCUGCUUCGCACCCGGUACCAUCCUCCUCGCAUCUAGACUCUACGACGAGCCCUACCUCCGUACCUUUGCGCUCGCGCUCCUCGAAGGCUGCCGCCACUCGUAUACCUCCACACCCACCAAGAUCGGUCCAGAAACAUGGGCGUGGAUACCCAAAUUCGGAUACGACGAUCCGCUCUUUAUCCCCGAGACCGCCCGUCAAGAGCGAGAAGCGAUGGCUAGCGGUAUCUGGGCACUAGAACCAGCAUACAAAGGCCGGCCUGAGUAUGUAGAAAGCUUGUUCUACGCAUGGCGCAUAACGGGCGAAAAGCGUUACCGUGAAUGGGCAUGGGAAGCUUUCUCGGCUAUGGAAAAGCAUUGCAAAGCGCCGUUCGGCUACGCACAACUUGCUGAUGUGUACGAUACACAGUCGAAGGGCAAGGAUAAAUGGGUGGAUAUGCAAGAAAGCUUUUGGGCUGCGGAAACGUUGAAGUAUCUUUGGCUUACGUUUUCGGACGUGGAGAUUGCGAGUUUGGAUAGCUGGGUGUUUAGCACUGAGGGGCAUCCGUUUCGUAUGAUGCGGUGAGCGGGGCCGUCAUGGUACACUUGAAAGAAGAGGAGACAACACUCGUCAGAAGAUAGGGCAACAAAUCGACCAGAGAGGCUCUGAGGGCCUACAACAGAUCGCAAGCAUAGUGGAGAAGCACAAAGCUAGCUCACCGGUAACGGCGCAAAGAUACCCAAAAUCAGAUUCGCAUCAAUGACAAAAAUAAAGAAC